CAAAGAUCUGGAUCCGCUAGUGUGUAUAACCCUUGUUAACAAACACUGUUAGUGAACAUUUUUACCAAUUGUGUGAUCUAGUAGGAGGCAGGUGCAGAGCUCUUCAAAUUGAUAUUGAAUAUACAGCUUUACACCAUGACUCUGGUUGUCCUCGUGUCCUUGUGUGCAGUGUUGACUCUGUCUUACGCGAAUCCUCUUAACCCUCGUUCUUGUGUCAUUGAUGGAAAGACUUUCAAGAACGGAGAAAUUAUUCCGUUUCUAGGUUCUAAGUGUGACACGUAUAAUUGUGUAGAUGGACAUCCAAGCCUUUUGAAGGAAGGUUGUAACUGGCAAGGGGAAUGUAUUCCAGUCAAAGGGACAUUAGUUAAAAACUGUAAGACCUAUACUUGUUCUAAAUCUACGAAAGGCUUCACCAUCUCAUUACUGAAAAUAGGUUGUAACUGGCAAGGGGAAUGUAUUCCAGUCAAAGGGACAUUAGUUAAAAACUGUAAGACCUAUACUUGUUCUAAAACUAGGGAAGGUCGCAGCAUCUCAUUACUGGAAAUAGGUUGUGACUUUAAAAACAAAUGCACUCCAGUCAAAGGGACAUUAGUUGAGGACUGUAUCACCUAUACUUGUUUUCUGUAUGAGAACCGUGAUGAAAGAAUAGCCAAUAUGUCCUCCACUAAAAUAAUGUGUGAAGACAAAGAUGGCAUUUGUCGUAAUCCAGGAACUAAAUUUAAAUUAGUUGUAAACGAUAAAAUUUCUGACAAUUGCACAUGUGAAAUUAAAGAGAACUCGAUUGAUUACAAGUGUAAUGGGGACACCUGCCUAAGACGGGAAAAGCCUUCUGUUUAAGUACAAGAUCAUUAAAGCUUUGUCUCAUUCUGGAUAAGUGUUUGGGUUUUGCUUUACAUUCCUAGUUCACAUUAAAGAAAUAUUAUACACUGACAUAGAUUCAUAGCAGAAAGCAACUUGCAGCAGAUAGGCUCAGACAGAAGCAAAUUGAGAGCUCUCUAGACUGUCGCG